AUGCCGGAAAAGUCCCUCACCGCCGUCACCUACGCCGCCGGCGCGUCCCUGGCGGCCAUCACCCUCAUCUACGUCUUCGCCCCGACCUACUUCCUCGACGGCGACCCCAAUGGCUCCUCGUCCUCCUCGGCCGGCGGCGCCGCCUCCUCCCUGUUCUCCGGCCGCAAGAAGGGCGUCGUCGGGCUCGCCAACGCCGCCAACGACUGCUUCAUCAACGCCGUCCUGCAGGCCCUCGCCGGCCUCGGCGACCUGCGCCUCUACCUGAUCCGCGAGACGCACAGGCGCAACCUCGACGACAAGUGGAUCUACACGACCGCCGUCCCCGACGACGUCAAUGGCAGCAGUCUCACGGAAGGAGGCGUAAUACCGCAGAAGCCGAUGCCGGCGUGGAAGGUCGAGGGCCUGCAGGGUGGCAUCGUGACGCGGGGACUGAAGGAGGUGCUCGACCAGCUCAACGAGCGGCCCAUAUACAAAAAGACCAUCUCGGCGCUGCCCUUCGUGCGCGUCCUCGAGGUCGCCUUCCGCCAGCGCAUCAGCCGCCAGCAGCAGGACGCCCAGGAGUUCCUGCAGGUUGUCGCCGAGCGCCUGUGCGACGAGUACCACGCCGGCCGCAGGGCGCGCGACUACGCUAGGGAAAAGUUCGACUCGUCCGGCGCUUCCGCGAGCAGCCUGUCGAUCCCAGACCGCAGCAACAACGUCACGCCGCCCGAGCUGCGGUCCGCGGCGGACGAGAUCAAGCACGCCUCUCAGCCGAACGGCGGCGCUCUGGUCCCACCAUCGGCAGAAAACGGCGAUGACGACGAAGAGGAAGGCUUCCCCAUGGAGGGCAAGAUCUCGUCGCAGAUCGAGUGCCUGACCUGCGGCUUCAAGCCGCGCCCCUCGGAGCAGACGUUCUGCACCCUGACGCUCAACGUGCCGCAGGUGUCGUCGACGACCCUCAACGCCUGCUUCGACAGCAUGUUCAAGACCGAGUACAUCGACGACUUCCGGUGCGAGCGGUGCCGCCUGAUGCACGCUAAGCAGACCCUCGAGGCCCAGCUCACAAAGAUCACGGCGGCGGCGAAGACGACGCCCGCAAACGAGCACGAGCUCGCCCUCCUGCGCGACUCGAUCGCCAAGCUCGACGAGGCCAUCGCCACGGACCCGGAGCGCGCGCCCGACGGCGUCGCCAUGCCCGACCCGCGGUCCGCGCCGACGAGCCGCAUCGCACGGCACAUCCAGCUCACGCGCUUCCCCAAGAUCAUCGCCAUCCACCUGUCGCGCUCCAUCUACGACGAGCGCCAGUCGCUCAAGAACUCGGCCAAGGUGGCGUUCCCGGAGCGCCUGCCCCUGGGCGGCAUCCUGAGCCAGCGGCGGUACAAGCUGCUCGGCCUCGUGACGCACAAGGGCAGCCACCACAGCGGGCACUACGAGUCCUUCCGCCGGCAGAACCUGUACCCGGCCUACUCCAACCCCAACACCUUUGCGCCCUCGGGCGUGUACACCCCGUCCGCCACGCCGGCGCCCACGCCGCGCAUCGGGGGCGGCGCGAAUACGCCGCGCAGCAUCAGCAGCAACGGCGCGACGCCGGCCGACGGCGGCGGCGGCAGCCCGCUGGCCUCGACGCCGGACCUCACGGCCAUCUCGUCGUCGCCGUCACCGUCGUCGCCGUCGCCGUCGGCGGAGCACCUCCCCGACGCGUCGCUGGCGCCGGCGCACCAGGAGAACAAGCACCUCCGCCACGUCGCCGGCAGCGGCAGCAGCAACGGGUUGUCGUCGUCGUCGUCGUCGUCGUCGUCGCCGCAGCGCAAGGCGGCGCCCACGUCGGCGCCGCGGACCGAGGAUAAAGAAAGGGACAAGGACAAGGACGCGGCCGACACGGUGAGCCUGCGGUCCGUCGCCAGGUCGACGCUCUCGCGCAUCAGCCUGUCCGGCUCCCGGCCCGGCAGCCGGAGCGGGAGCCGCAGCGCGAGCAAGUCGCGGCCUUCCUCUGGCGCCGGUGCCGGUGCCGGCGGGGACGGCGAUGUCCCCGCGCCGCCGCCCCCACCGGCGGGAGUCACGCCGGCUGCCCCGGCCGCCGCCAAGCCGCGGCGGCACAGGAAGACGACGGACCGGUGGUGGCGCAUCAGCGACGAGAAGGUCAAGGAGGCGAGCACCCGGGACGUGCUGGGCAUGCAGCGCGAGGUGUACCUGCUUUUCUACGAGCUCGAGCGCAGUCACUGA